CACUGCUGGGCAGCACUGAUGGGUGGCACUGCUGGGCACAGGUGAGUGGCACUGAGGGGAACAGGUGGAUGGCACUGAUGGGCAUAGGUGGGUGACACUGCCUUGUACAGGUGGGUGGCACUGAUGGGUACAGAUGGGCGGCACUCCUGGGCACAGGUGGGUGGCACAGGUGGGCAGCACUUCUGGGCACUGAUCAUCAGGGCACUGAGGAUCAGUGCUGAUCACUUCUCUGACAAAUGCCGUCUGUGACAGCAAUUGGCAAAUGUAUUUACCCGGUGAU